AUGCCACUGCGACCAGACGAAAGUACGGUGAAAUGGUUCAAGAACAAGGUCACGAGAGGCGGCAUAGAUUGGCAAUUUGUCCCGAACAGCAUGUUGAUAUCGCUGAAAAAUCCAAAUGGUCAUUCGUCAAGUCCAUGGAAUUCCACAGAUGAUGUGGACCGGUUCACGCAAGCACUUGCACAUGUCGCAGAGAAGGAAGAAAACGUCGACUUGCAGGACAUCAUGGGAUCCUCGAAUGUGGCAAAAUUCGAGAAGACAGUGAAGAAGCUGUACGGACGAUACAUCGCACAAGCCUUCUCCAGCAACAUGCGAGUCGACAUUAACAAAGACACUCCAAACAUCACAUUCAACGGACAGACCCCGACUUCCUCCAACUACUCCUCUUACUAUGCUUCCAAGCUCAGCUCUCGAACAGUGAGAUCAUCAGUAUCAUCUCCAAAACCAAUACGAAGUCGAGACAACCCACAGCCAACCAUCCCAGCUGUCCUGACGCAGACCGGCUCAGGGGUGCGUAUCCGGAUCGUACAAAACAAAAUUCCAAAGUUCGCACUACAAGCCAUGCUAGGCUUCAUGACAACCGGCGUAAUCUUGACUAAGUUUCUGCUCCGCACGAAGGAAUUGCUACCACGCGAACCCUACUCGAUCGUCGGACCCGCAAUCCUCGUAGCGAACGGCAACAUCCUACAACAUGACACUGCUGGCAAAUAG